GACAUCAGACAAACGACAAUGCCGAAACGAACAAGGAGUCAGCAUGAAGAAGAUGCAGUUGAAGAUGCACAAGAUGCCGACGUGGAGACGACACCGUCUAAGAGGAGGAUGACCGAGGCAGAGACACCGUCACGGCAUACCAACGCAGACACGCCCUCCAAGCAACGCUCCAUCCUCAAGUCGACCUUGAAGCAGGAAGGAACCCCGCGAUCGCUACGGAAGGUGCUGUUCUCUACCCCAGCUAGAGCAGACGAGGAAUUCGAUGAUGCGCCAACCAAGCUUUCCCCUCUGACAGUUGCUCGCAACGCAGACCGUUCGGCCAGGCGCAAGAGUCACAAGCGACUGUUCGAUGCGCAAGACAACGAUGAAUCUGUCGUCGAUGACACAGGGCUGGAAGACGCUCUUGCUCGAGACAUCUUGGAGGACGAGGAUGACCCCGAUGCAGAUCAAGAGGUAAAGAUGACUGUCACACCGGGUACCCCUUCCAAGACAGCUAGGCCGCGAGGGAGACCGAAAGGGAGCAAAAAGCAGCCAUCGCCUGAAGCACAAGACAUGGCCGCGCAUGAGCUCUACUUCUUCCAGAACAGGCCAGGAGGCGUCAAGACGUCAAUCAAUACUCUGCCCGGCAACGCUCUUCUUGGCCACGACGACUACUUUGCAUACAUCAAUCCUUACAACGAUCCUCACAGCGUCGACAAAGACUUCUUGACGCGUCUACAUGAGAAUGCCUUUGAUCAAUGGAUGUUCGAGCUCGAAGAAGGCUUCAAUAUCUGUAUCUACGGCUACGGAUCAAAGCGCCAUCUUCUUCUUGACUUUGCCGACCACCUCCAUGAAUCCUCCGACGAAAAGCCCAAUGUCAUCGUUGUGAACGGCUACUCUCCGAACAUCUCGGUCCGCGACCUUCUGACGGCUAUCGCGAAACAUGGCCUGCCCUCCUCGAUGGCCAGCAAACUUCCACUCCAACCCCAAGCUCUUCUAGACGCCCUUCUUGCUUACUUGACGACAACACCUCCUUCGUCGCCCAUUUAUCUUCUCGCCCACUCCAUUGACAGCCCCUUCUUCCGGAAGCCGCUCUUCCAAGCUACCAUAUCUACUCUCGCCGCUCAUCCGAACAUCCGUCUCGUCGCUUCAGCAGAUACACCGACUUUUCCGCUACUCUGGGAUAUUUCACAACGCUCCUCGCUCCGCUUCCUUUUCCACGAUGCCACCACUUUCGCACCCUACACCGCAGAACUGGAUCCUGUCGAAGAGGUCAACGUACUCCUGAAUCGUAGCGGUCGUCGCAUCGGCGGAAAGGACGGUGUUGCCUAUGUCUUGCGCUCGUUGCCUGAGAACGCAAGAAACUUGUUCCGCAUCCUGGUUGGAGAGCAGCUCGCUCUCGCAGACUCUGCUUUCGAGACGCACCCUAACUCUCCAGAAUCAGAUGGUCGCGGCCGUCCUCCGAAAAAGUUACCGGCGCCGAAGGUCAAAGUUCACAAGACUCCAUCUUUUGUGGGUGUCGAAUACAGGACACUAUAUCACAAGGCUGUCGAGGAAUUUGUGUGUUCAUCCGAGAUGAGUUUCAGGACAUUACUCAAAGAGUUUCAUGAUCACGAAUUGGUGGAGAGCAGGAAGGACGGUCUGGGCGUCGAAAGAUUGGCUGUGCCAUUUGGAAGGGAAGACCUCGAAGACAUGUUGCAAGAAUUGGUCUGA